AUGGAGGACGCAGAUUUGGCAGCAAUCAGACAGCGACGACUAGCCGAACUCGCGGGCAAGCAAGGGUCGUCGGGCUCUUUUGGACCGUCACCAACAUCCUCAUCAGCUUAUGGGGGCAAGCAAGAGUCCGAGCAAGAGCAGCGGCAGGCCAGAGAAGAUGAGGAGGAGCAGCGGCGUACGAUCAUGUCACAGAUACUAGACAACCAGGCACGAGAGCGACUGUCUCGCAUCAAUCUGGUCAAACCAAGCAAGGCAAGAGCGAUACAGGACAUCCUCCUCAACAUGGCGCGCUCCGGGCAGCUGCGUGGUCGGGUGACGGAGGAGCAAUUGAUCGGAUUAUUAGAGCAAGUCGAGCGACAACAGGCGUCAUUCGAGAAGGACUCGUCAGCAGGCAAAAUUACCUUUUCACGGAAACGGGAGACGAUUGCGAGGAAUGAAGACUCGGCCAGCAUUGACUCGAGGCUGUCCCGUGCAUCAGCCACAAGUCUGCAAUAUGCAGUCAACCACACACGCAAAGGAUUGCCCAGAUCUUCGAGAAUCUCGUCCGAGCACCAUGGUCCCUGCGCUCGACGAUCAGUGAUGCUUCGACAGCCGGAACGGGCUGACCGUUUCGCCCUUCUGCUGGCAUUCCAUGAAAAAGCGCUCAUUUGUCAAUUUGGCAAAACGAUGAUUGACACCAAGAUGAACGUAACCGUCCCAGACACCCUUACAGCAACCAUACCACCCAGCGUUCGGUGCAAAGUUGUGCGUGCUCGAGUACCAGACUUUGAUCGUCUUCUUCGAAACAUCGUCAGGAUCGCGGUUCGGUCCUACCACGAAGUGUUCCUCGAUGCGAUGGACGGUCUCCUGCAGACCGUACAUCAGGCUGAACGCAAUGCAACUUCAAGGAGCACUCACGACCUCGCCCCUGCCAUUGCCAUCGCGAGUCUCAUAGAUGGCCACCGUCGACAUCACUGCUUGACACCGUUAAGCAAAGAAGAGAGACAAGGAAACAGCCUCGACGGACGCGGCUCGGUACUGGCGAUCUUGAAGAUGUUGCUGCCAGGCAAAGCAAGCUGGCCCAAAGCGCCAGACGAGGUGUACCAAAACACACACGCUACAGCAAGAAGACGCAUGCUUGCUUCUUCCAGCACUACGAAAUACCGCAAAGAGCGGGAAAAGCCCAGUGUGCACGGGUCAAAGCGUGAUGGAGUGGUCAAGGCGACCGAGACUGCAGCUGCGCAAAUGUCAAGACGAUAUCCUCGCAGCGGUAACAAUCCAGGAUUGACGUCUCAUAUCGGUCUCUUCACGUUGCUCGUGUCUUUUCGUCGGGCAAUGCUUGUGAAUAGCAUGAUCAAAGCAAUAGUGGCCGCAAUGCUGCUUGCCACUGGCAUACUCGCUUUACCCGCACCCCUUCGAGUAAACAAGAAGCAGGCUGCAGAUAUCGUGGGACCUGACAGCAUGUCCACGUUUACUCUGAUCGAUACAGACUUCAGCGACCCGCUGCAAGUCAGAUUCAGCUAUCAUAUCCACAAGCAUAGCAAUGUCGUUGAUCUCUUCGACAUCUCUGGCGCAACUGCCAAAUGGUACCGUUCUGGCGAAUCACCCGAUACAAGGACAGUCGAGCAUUGCUUCAAGUUCACAAGAGGCGAGGAUUGGGUCAUUCCCUGCUUUCGCUGGCCCAGGGACAGUCCCUACUUCAGCAGCUGGUAUUUUGACAGCUUUUACACGGUUGCCACGCUAGGCGAUCCCAAUAAAAUCAACAGGGUUAUUCUCUCUCGCGACAUCAAUCGCGCUCAGGGAGACUUUGAUGAUCUUCCGCGCCAGUACAACAACCCGAUGUGUUUGUCAUACAUCUCACCGCGCAUCACAGGCGACCUUCGUGCGUUCUUGGGCGCCGUCUUCAUGAUCAUAUCCGAUCCAGUCUCGAUUCGUUCACCCGGGUGGUGCUUGCAGUUCGGCGCAGCUACCGAGGCCAUGUACAUGUUGCUGCGCGGCUUUUCGCAUUUAGCCCUCGCCGUCUCUAGCCCUGUUCUCACAAAGCUGCGAGUGUCCGCCGUCGUCAGGAGCAUACUCACACAGCAGCCGGUCAGCCUCCAUCGUCGAGGGCUAGAGGGGACAGGCGUUGCAUCCAUGACUCCGUCGCCGCCCUGUUUCCUGCCAUCGUUCGCUUCCUUCCUUGACGACAAACAACGCGCAGACAAGAUGAUCAAAGCGAUGUUGGCUACACUUCUUCUUGCCGCUACUACGCUCGCAUCGCCUGCAUCCGUCUUGUCAGAAAGACAGUCUGCUCCGACAUUGGGACCAGACAAUCUUGCCACCUUCGCCCUUACCAACAAGGUGUGGCCUGACGUUGUGUUCCAAGUCGAGUUCAGCUAUCAUGUCCACUUGCCCGGCAUGAGCAUCGAUCUCUUCAAGGUCUCUGGCGCUACGGCAAAGUGGCAUUCUACUGGCGAGUCGCCCGACACGUAUACGAUCCAACAGUGCUACAAGCUUACCAGCGGAGACGAUUGGGCAAUCCCUUGUUUCCGCUUCCCCCGUGGCGGUACCGCGAUUAUGAGUUGGUAUCUCGACAGCUUCUACACGAGAGGAACCGGCAGUGACCCUACACAGGUCGGCAAAGUCACGCUCACGCGUGACGCCAGUCGCCAAUUGCCGGAAUUUUCUGACGUCAUUCCGCGCGAGUACAACAGGUAUUGA